UAAACAACGACUUCUACCCUCCGAGCAGCGAGCCCCGCGACACGUCAGCGUUGCCUUUUUUAAUAGUGAUAGGAUUAAAUCCAUCACCAUGUACUUACUCGCUUGUAAUAUGGUCUAUUGACUAAUAAAUUGUUAUAUAUUGAGUAAGCAUUCUCGACUUUAGGGAAAACUCUCAACCCAAAACCCAAAACCACUUCACCCAAGUUAUAUAUUACUAUAGACUGAUAUAAAGGCGACAUCCUUAGUUUGGACAUCAACGUUAUAUAUUGAAUUUCAACCCACACAUAAGCGGAACGAUGUCUCUUCUAAACAUCUCCAUCAUUGGGGCUGGUCCGGCCGGGUGUAUGCUUGGACGGAUUCUAUCAUUAUCCAAAAUCCCUUUUACAAUUUAUGAAAGCGACGAGAGUCCAAAUUAUCGUUCUCAAGGAGGCUCGUUGGAUUUACAUCCCGGCACAGGCCUUGCGGCGAUGAAGGACGCUCAACUAUGGAACGAGUUCUUGAAACACGGCCGAUUCGACGGCGACUAUAUGAUGAUGGCCGAUAAGGACCUUAAGCCCUUCGUACAGUUCGGUCCUGGCAAUAAGCUCAGCGAGCGGCCUGAAAUUGACCGUGCCGAGCUACGCCGGAUCUUAGCGGAGUCGCUCCCGGAGGGAAGUAUCAAAUGGGGCCAUCGCCUACGACGUGUCGAAGAAGGGAACACUCUGGUCUUUGAUCAUACAACAGUGUCCGGUUCCGAUCUUAUAAUUGGAUGCGAGGGGGGCUGGAGUAAGGUCCGAAGUUACGUCUCGCCGACAGUGAAACCACACUAUACCGGGGUUGGAUAUCAUGGUCUCCGGAUACCAGAUGCGGCAAACACCGCGCCAGAUCUCUAUAAAGUAGUCAAUCGCGGGAGCCUGUUUGCCAGCUCGAAUGGGCAGAGGUUGGCGGUACAGCAGCUCGGGACUGGUAGCUUGAGUGUCUCCUGGUGUUCGCGCCGUCCCGAAAACUGGACGCAGACUUGCGGAUAUGACCCUCAUGAUGUCGAUCAAGUUAAGAAGGCAAUCCUCGAGGAAAUGCACGACUGGAGCCCACAGCUACGGGAAGCGAUCGAAAAGGUACAAGAUGGCAUAUGCGAAGCGAAGAAUCUGUACAUGCUUCCCGUUGGCUGGCGCUGGGAGCACCGCCGCGGCGCAACAUUCAUUGGCGACGCCGCACAUUUGAUGACCCCGUUCGCUGGCGAAGGAGUAAACGCUGCGUUUGACGAUGCGAGAAAACUCGCCGCUGCGAUCGUUAGGGCAGUCCAGGCGGGCGGCGGGCUAGACGAGGUCGAUAGGGAAAUACAAACGGCCGAGGAGGAUAUGUUUAAACGUAUGGAAAUAUACCAACGACAGACGGACGAGGUUACGAAGUUGUGGUUUUUCAGCGAGGGAAAUAUGAGGGAUGUCGUACCUAAGGUGAUGGUAGAGCAUGCUAAGGCAAAGACGCCGACAGCCUUCCAUCCUUUAGCCUGGGGACUCAUUAAUUCGUAUUGGUUCUUCAAGAAUACGUUCUCAAGCUAGACGCCAUGCCUAUUUAUACAUUAGGUACCUACACUAGAUCGGAGUUUGGCGCAUUUGAGGGCAUGUAAUUUAUUGAUCUUAGAUCCCCUCUUAGAUGAUAAUAGUAUAGGUUAGAGGUGACUGUCUUGCGUUAUAUUAAUACUAUAACUCGGAAUUAUCGCAUGCAA